AGCAACCCCACGAGACACGUGUACACAGGUGGGAAGGGGUGCGUCAAAGUCUGGGACAUCAGCCACCCUGGCAACAAGAGCCCUGUCUCUCAGCUGGACUGCCUGAACAGAGAUAACUACAUCCGUUCCUGCAGAUUGCUCCCCGAUGGCCGCACCCUGAUUGUUGGUGGGGAAGCCAGCACGUUAUCCAUUUGGGACCUGGCGGCUCCAACUCCUCGCAUCAAAGCAGAGCUGACAUCUUCUGCUCCAGCUUGCUAUGCCCUGGCUAUCAGCCCCGACUCCAAGGUCUGCUUCUCUUGCUGUAGUGAUGGGAACAUUGCAGUGUGGGAUCUGCAUAACCAGACUUUAGUAAGACAAUUUCAAGGCCACACAGAUGGAGCGAGCUGUAUUGACAUUUCUAACGACGGCACCAAACUAUGGACAGGAGGCUUGGACAAUACAGUCAGAUCCUGGGAUCUCAGAGAAGGAAGACAGCUACAGCAACAUGACUUCACAUCACAGAUCUUCUCACUGGGCUAUUGUCCAACUGGUGAGUGGUUGGCAGUGGGAAUGGAGAACAGUAAUGUGGAGGUGCUGCAUGUUACUAAGCCGGACAAGUAUCAGCUGCAUUUACAUGAGAGCUGUGUGUUGUCACUCAAAUUUGCUCACUGUGGCAAAUGGUUUGUAAGCACUGGAAAAGAUAAUCUUCUUAAUGCCUGGAGAACACCUUAUGGAGCCAGUAUCUUCCAGUCCAAAGAAUCCUCAUCUGUGCUUAGCUGUGAUAUCUCUGUGGAUGACAAAUACAUUGUCACUGGCUCUGGGGACAAGAAAGCUACAGUCUAUGAAGUUAUUUAUUAGAGACAAAUCCGAAUACAGACAGAACUCCUUCUCCUAGCACUUUGCUGUUUAUUCCUUUUUUUUUCUUUCUAAGCUGAAAAGUUUAAUGCUCAUCACAGUUACCUUCUUAAUUUGCUAUUGAUUUGUGAAUGCUCAUUAAGAACUUGUGAUACCAAAUUGUCAGGUAUCUACUUGGAAGAAGAUGGAAUAAGCCUACUUAUUAGUGAACUUGACUCUUUAAUUAUGUAUUAUAAGUAUAAUGUAUUUAUUUUGUUUAAGGAAGGCUUUCUAACAAUGAAGUGACUAAAUAAAGCUGUCUGGCCCGGCUUUAGUUUGAAAGGUGCAUUGUAUACUUUGUGUUUUUGCAGGUGGAUAAAUUGGGGAUCUUGGAGAAGGAUGUUCAGGAAAUAGUUAAAGUUACACUAAAUAGACUUGUAGUUUCUAUUUAAAAAAAAUAAAUUUUGUUAUAUUUUUUAGUCCUGUUCUUGGAUGAGACCUCUAAGUGUUAUUACAGUAUAAUUAUUUGGUGGGAAGAUGCUGUAUCUUAACUAUUUUAGACAGUCUUGGAAACUUAGAAAAUUGCAAACUGUAGCCAAUAAUCUACAUGCCUGUGAUGAAUGGCAAAUUCAGUUCACAUCUAAAUUAAAUUCACUUUAAGUAAGAAUGUGCUAAUUUAUAUAUUUGCAAUGGUAAUAUAGCAUCUUGUGUACAGAUUUGUUCUCAAUGCUUUUCUGUUGAUAAACAUAAAGCAUUUUGGUGUCAAGCUAGGUUUUUUAAUGUAAACACCUCUCUUUGUUACAUUGUAGAGAGUACAAUAAGUUGCCUCAAAGAAUCACCUUUGUUACUUUUGGAAACUUUUGCAAUGUUUCCUUCAAAAUGGGGAUAUGUGUCUUUGGGCAAUUUUUCAAUUACAAGAGAUUAUGAAAAAUAUUUGAUAUGUUCUUUGGAAACUGCACUGAAAUAAGAAUAGAUGCCUACCAAUAUACAAACUACAAAAACAAUGACCUCUGAGGUAGGAUUUACAAGAGUACUCAUUCUGACAUACAAAGAGGAAUGGAUUCUCAUUGGGAUGAGGACUUCCUUUGUUCGCCAGCAGUUCAAUCCAAGUCUUGAUUGGAUGUCCUUAAAACGGACACAGACUGAGCCAUUGUGCCAGAGACAACGUGUUAUCUUUUUAUGUUGUUGUUGUUGCUGUUAAACUAUGAUCUGUGACUUUUUUUUUUGAAUGCUUUAAAAAAAUCUUUUAAGUCUGUGGAUCUGCUGAUGUACAGUGCCUUUGCUGCUAUGGAUCAAAAUCAAAAGACCCGUGUAGAUAAAUCUUAUUGUAUAAGUAGAAAAUGACUUAAUUUCAUACUAGAAAUGGAUUGAUGCUGCAAGUUAAAAUGGACUGUUCAUUGAAGUUCCAAAUGUGGUAGCAAAAAAUGGUGUCUUAAGUGCUUAGUGUUUGAUGUCAUUAACAGUUUCGUAAUACUCUACAUUGUAGAAAGAUUUUGAUACUAAACUGUGUCAUUGUACAUAGUUCUAAUGCAUUGUAUUGAACACCAGUACUUCUAUAAUGGUAGAUUAUUGUUUGUGCAUUCAGACUUUUAGGCAUUAAACAUAAGUAACUUCUAAGAUGCA